AUGCCAGAUGAAAGAAGAUUUGAACGCCUAUUGAAAAAAGUCAAGCCUUUUCUGGAUGAAAAACAAAAGGCUAAACUUCGUAUAAAGAGUCUCUUGGUAUUUUUGGAGGGAGCAACAGAAUCUGACCAGAAACAGUUUUUUCAAGAGCAUGACCAUACUAUAUACAAUGUUACGCUCGAGUAUUUAUUCUAUCGUAUAGCGCGUAUAACUGAAAAAACCGAACGCACUUACACCCCGACAAGCAAGGACGUCGUCGAUCUGCAUGAGAUAUUUACUGUACUUUCAAAAAUCAUCCAGCUAAUUAGUUUUAACCCUCUCCCUUCCUGGGCUACAUGCAGCUUGAAUGAAGUAUUUGAAAUUCUAUUAGCCACAGGAAACCAUCAACGAUUGCGCGUAGAUGGUUUUCGCUUAUUGCUUCAGUACUUGUCCAUCCAUCAAACCGAUCAGAUUGAUGAGUAUGUUCAGUUAUACUUUAAUACAAUCCAACUAGAUCUAUUUGAAUCUGCCUUGUUGCCAACCGGAACUUUGAAGCCCAUUCCAUCACGAGAAAACGAAUUGUCUCCGCAUUUUAAACUGGAGGCUCCGCCUGCAUGGGUUGGAAAAGAACGCGGGCUACUGUUACAAAAGCCUAUUAAAGUGAUCAAAAAAAAUGUAAAUGAUGUAGAUUCAAGUCUAUCAGGGCAAGCCAUCUUAUUAUCCUGUCCAAAUGACACAAUUUUAUAUCCAGCCACAUCCGUUACAAAAACCGACCAAUGCGAACUUAUUGAUGAGAUUCUUCAAAACAUUUUGAAUCUGUCAGUUGUGUUGGCAUGUUCCACUCCACAAUCAGGAUAUUCUUCAAAGACUCUUACCAACGCCAUUAGUAGCGAACUUGGUUCAAAAAUAACAACCAUGUGGACUAUUUUUCGAAAAACCUAUCUUCGGAUCCUUUUUCCAAGUGUAAGUCGCUACGUGGGUAUAGAAAUUGGCAACAAUCAAGGAUUCGAGUGCUGCCCACCACAAAUCCUUCAAGUACUGGUCAGAUUUAUUGUCCGAACUUUGUGUGCAAAUUUUACUGUAAGCCCAACUACUCCUCCGCACGAAUUUGCUGCUAUUAUUAUUACAAGAGUGAUUCUUGCAAGUGAUGGUAGUCGCGAAACAGUACAAGAAAUCAUCAAGCAAGCUCUUCAUUUGCCUAUUUCACAUUAUAAAACAAGCGAAUUAGCUUUAUUUGUGAUUGCUACAUGGCUUUCUUUAUCGCCAGAGUAUAAUUUAAUGGGAUCAACUUCAUUUUCAGUUUUUGAUUUGGAUCAAAAAGUAGAUGAAGAUGCAGACGAAGUCGCUCAUAACAAAGAAAAACUGUCCAACGAGAGUCUGCGACGAUACAUUCAAAAUAUUCAGCGUGUGUUUUUUCAAAAGUCGCAAGUGCCUGGAGAACAACAAAAUCAGGCAAAGUCAUUUGCAACUCUGGAAACAAAGACAUGGCAGCUACUUAUGCAAACUUUGCUCGAGAUUCAAGAAAAACUGCUUUCGAAUCUAAAUAUAAUGAAUACGGAAACCUCAUUGGUGCAUACUCUUGCAGAAGUAUUAUUGAUUGUGUGGAUCCGAAGUCGUUCAACUGAUGAAACACUGUGGAAACAAUUACGAAACAGUAUUGUUAAAUGCACAGUUUGGUCUGAAUAUGUCAAGGAAUGGGCGAAUAUUACAAUCAAAUUUACUCAUGUCAUGGCAGACAAGGUUUAUGAUUUUGAUGUUCAAUCGGGAGUAAAUCGCCUAGUCAGUACUGAAAAAGAGUUUACUAAACUUCGUGGUCAUCGCAAGACAAUCGGCACAGGAAAAAACGCUAGGGAUGCCUCUAUCAUGUCUAUUAUCAUGGGAUCAACAACUACUUAUAUAGCUGAACUCGGGCAUGCUCCAAUAAUGAGCAAAUCAUAUCCAUGGCGAGAUGCUUCUAUUUCAAAAGAUUCUCGGUUUUUGGAUAAAUUAGCCAUACCGCCUGCAUCACCUAUUCUGGAUCGCACAAAACGAGAAAAAAUGCAUAUUUACGAAUCAAGUGAUUUUUCAAAUUCAUCAACCAAAGAAUCAUCUUCAAAUGCCAUGUACAAGUAUCUUCGUGAAAAAGUUGUCCAGUAUUCUGGAAAUCCUGAUUGCAACUUGUAUGAGCCAGUAAACGAUGACGACACGUUUGGUUCAUUAAAAGAUAUCGAGUUUUUGAACGCAGAGAAUUCACUCUGGAUCUGGAAAAGCAUUCUUUGUACACUUGGACGAAUUAAUGAAAUCAAGAUUCCUGCAAUUCAUUUUGAUGCCAUUUCCUGUUUUGUUCAAGUCUGGGAUACUCUUAACAAGAUUCGCCAAAGUCAAAAAUUCGACAACAUGAAUAUGCCAAGUUUGUUUGAUUUUGCGCCAAUUAUUUUUAGUAGCGCAGAUCUACCUAUAGAGUUUAUUGACUCGAUUGUUGUAGCUGUUGGCUGUAUUUCCAGAAUGAUGUGCAAACGACACGAUCAAGAGUUUUCUGAAGAGUACUACACUCAUUACUACAGAAUAUUGGAAAAAUGGCUUUCAAGUAAACAUAUUCCUGUUAUUAAUUCAAUUCUGCUCAACACUCAGCGUAUUUUUUGCUUGUCGUUGCCCGGUGCGCUGUUUCUUAUUCCUAGUUUUAUCAAGGCAAUCAAUUACAUAACCACGCAGCAUAAUUUGUCUGAUGAAGUUGCCACUGCAAGUAUUCAAAUAUUGUCAUCAUUGGUAUGUGUGAAAAGCAGCAGCCCUACUUUUGAAAAUAAAGUUUCAACAAGCUGUUUCAAUGGUAGCGAGUAUCCAGCAGACACACCCGUUGCUCUUAAAGGACGGCUGUCAGAUAUUUCGCCUAGCACUCUAAAGCCCAAUCUUAGUUUUUCAAACUUUUCUACAGUUAAAGAAAAUUUAUUGGAUCUUGCCGUUAAAAUUUUGACUACUUACACAGUGAAAUUAGAGGAGUCCAAGAUUGGAUUUAUGGAGCAGAUUAUUUGGUCGCUGGGCGUUAUGGCAUUUGAGGAGUGUUUGGUUUCCGCAGAAGCCAAUGUAUCUAUUGUUUAUAACUGCAUUGGAGUUUUGUUGGAUAAUAUUUCCUUGCGCGAUCCACGUUUGGCUCGAGCUGCGAUUGAUUGUCUUACACUGUUUGCACAUAGCUAUGAAACACUUCAGCUGGAUAGAGAGCUAGUGCAUCAAAUCAUUGAUCGAUUGGUGAUUGGCAUUUCGGAAAAUAUGCAAUUUGAUGAAAAGACACGGAAACAGGCAUCAGUUGUCAACUCGGCAGUCGAUUGGCUCAGCUGCACUCCAAAAACGGUCAUGACAAAUCCCAAUAUUGCCUUGCGUGUAUCCGAAGUCAUAGAGGAAGCUAUUCAUAUUUCAUGUAUUGGCGUUGAUGCACAGCAGUCGCAUAGUACAGUACGAUCCAACUCUACUGAUGAUGGUGCACUAAAUCCCGAGCUCCGUGAUAGUUCUUCAAUCGAAAAAGAAAUCAUUUCUUCAUUCAGGGCAAUUCGGUCUUGUGCCGAAAAUGCCAUGAUGCAUCUCCUUCAUCAUACAGAUAAUUUUGCGCCAAUUAAUGGACCGGCAAUGAUGAGCUCGCAUAUUUCCGAACCGCAUUAUGAAGAAACCAAUAAUCACAGUAUACAAACCUUUACUUACAAUGACAAUUUCAUUAUUUCAUUUGUUGAUAUUGAACAAGGCUCACGAUGUCGCAUCAUUAUGCGCAAUUGCACUGGAAAAUAUGUUUGGGACACUCACCCAUUUUAUAAAUCCAUCAGCGAAGUUGAACCAACCGACAGCACAGCAAUACCGUACGCUCCAAUGGUUCAGACACCGCUUGGUUCGGCUGCCAAGUUUAAGUUUAAUGAUGAUGUCAUUUUUGCGCAAGAACCUUUUGAUAUAAAAGAAUAUGAUUCGGAUUCUGAAAGCGAAGAAAUUUCACCAAAAAACAGUAAUAUGUUUGUUCCGGAUGUGCUCGAACAGUUACUGAAACGAAUUGGAGACCAACAUGCCGAUUGUCUUUUGGAAAAUCAGCCUGAAACACUCAACACUCCAUCCAAUACACUGUUGCAGGGCCGUGCUGAAUUAUCAGAAAUCAUUAUAGCAAUAAAACGGCAAGUUCAGGAUGAAACAGCACGAUCCAAACAGCCAAAUAGAUUUCCAAAAGAUGCGAAAGCCAGUUAUAAAGACUACAUUCGUGCUUCUCCCUUGAUAUACAAAGAAAGCCCUUCAAUUUUGCAGUGUUCACGACUACUGCUGAGCCAUAUGGGGUUGCUGACUUUUGACUAUACGAAAACAGGUGAUCUACAUCUACUUUCAAAAACCCCAAGUUUAGCCCGAGAUAUCAAAGGAUUAGAUCGAAAAUAUUCUCGAGAUGUAGCCAAAGUAGCAGUUAUAUAUGUUGCUCCAGGAGAAGAAGAUGAAUAUUCUAUAUUUAGAAAUAAUUGUGGGAGUCCCGAAUACAAUGACUUUGUAUCUAGUUUGGGCUGGAAGGUGGAUUUGGCAAAGCAUCCUGGAUAUCUUGGUGGUUUAGAACGAAGCAUGGUAAAUGGUGGUGUGGCUACCUAUUUCUGUACCUCCACAUUAGAGAUCAUGUUCCAUGAUGUCACCAAAAUGCCAACAGAUUCAGCCGACCCCAAACAAUUGAAAAAGAAACGGCAUAUUGGAAAUGACCACGUUCAUGUAAUCUGGAAUGAGCACUAUCGCGAUUACAAAUGGGAUACAAUUGGUGGCGACUUUGGGAAUGCACAAAUUGCCAUCACCCCAUUACCUAAUGGCAUGUAUGCCGUUGAUACAUACCGAGAUAGUUCUGUUGAGCCGUUUGGACCACUUCAGAGCCAAAUGGUUGUUUCAAAAAUUGCCUUGGGCCCAUUAGUACGAUCCACAGCAUAUAGUGCAUACCGUGCUGCACUUCAUUCUGGAACUGGAAAAGACAUUCUUGAACAGCAUCCAUUCUCAUCUCGCAAAGAAACAAUUGGCAUAAUUUCAUCGCGUCAUAAGGUUGCAAACUGGACCUACGAAAAACUCAUGGAUCAAAUCUUUACAAAUGGCCGAGAGUCAAAGCAGUAUUCAAGCAACACCAGAUCGUCUGAUGCACCGAUAUUGAUAAAUGAGUGUUAA